ACAACAUGCGGUCAGAAAUGACAAACGAAGACAGCUUGGACAAAGAUUGGAAUUUAGAAGACCAGUCGAGUAAUAAAACUGUUUCAGCACUACGAAAAACAUCGAGAAGGAUUGAAAGGUUUAAUAAUAAUUUAACAAGCUUGAAGUCAUCUUCUCGCGGGUAUACACCUAGGGAGAGAACUCUCAGGAGAUUAGAAAGUAACGAGAGAGAACGAAUGAGGAUGCACAGUCUUAACAACGCGUUUCAGAGCUUGCGAGAAGUCAUACCUCAUGUUAGUAAAGAACGACGUUUGUCUAAAAUAGAAACAUUGACGCUUGCUAAAAAUUAUAUUGUUGCACUGACAGACGUUAUCUGUGCAAUGAGAAAUGACGAACAAUCAACAAAUGUUCAGACAACUCCAAUUAUUGAUAGUGAAAAAUCAGAUCAUAUUAAUGACUGUUUAAAUAUGAAUACUCCCACGUCCUCGAGAUCUUCUAGUCCAGAACUCCAAACAUUUUCUACCAACCCUAGUCGAAUUAAUUCACUUUGGAAAGAUAAUUAA